CUCGCACUGCGCAGACUCAGAACUGCUUACGACUUCCUGCAGACGAACAUGUUGCCCAGUUCCGUUCCACUGUUGAUAUCAAAACAGAGCUGGGUUUUGACGGUUUUCCUCCAUAUCAGAAUGAAUUACAUGUUACCCGGUGCAGAUUUGAGAGGAACUGGUAAGCUGCGUCCCUUUUUCCAAGAUUCCUCCCAGUAGGUGUGAAAAUGAGCUGGAAAUCUGUAUAGACAUGGAUGGCCAAAGCAACAAGGAAGAACUGCCCCAUGGAUGGAUUAGAGAAGUAAGGCAGCGAAAAGCUGGCAAGACUGCAGGAAAACUGGACGUGUACAUAUUAAGUCCCAGUGGGCAGAGGUUCCGGUCUAAAGCAUCCCUGCAUGCUUAUCUAUUACAAAAUGGAGGGGAGAACUUGGACAAAAGCCUGUUUGAUUUCACCUCCUCCAAAAAUAAGCUCACGAGCUCUGAAACAAAUCAUUCCAAAGAAAAACAAAAGAGACGGAAGAAAAUGCAAGCAAAUGGACAGCAGGAUAAAAUGGGUGGACAGGUGAAAUCUCCCAAAAAUAAAUCUAAAAGAGUCUUUUUAUCUGUCAGACAUAAAGCUGAUGACGGGAAGGUAAAGCCUGCUGAGGAGGCUAUUAACAUGGAUAUUUUCCAAGAGACUUUAGAGGACAUAGUUGAGGAGGCUGAGCAGAUUUGCUCACAAGCUGCACCUUCAUCAAACUUGGUGGAUGAUGAUGAUGUGCACAAGAGUGCUCUGGGGGUGGGGCUGCUGAGGGAGAAAAUAUUAAGACUGGCUCCUUCUAGUGAAAAACAAAACAGCUUGCCUGCUCACAAGAAUCAACAAGAGUCAGUCUGGACUUUAAGUGUUGAAGCUGCCGCUGAGAGCGAGAAUGGAAGUGAGGAGUCAGCAGACACAGAUGUUGCACAGCCUCACAGCAAAGGUGACAAAAAGUCUAAUUCUGAGUUAAUGAGUAAUGCCGAUAGUCACAGAGACGAGGAGGUGCUACCUGACGGCAGUAGUGGAAGCUGCACACCAUUAAGAGAUUCCCAGAAUAGAUCCAACAGUUUGGAGGGCAAACGGAAAACAAGCCCUUACUUCAGCAGGAAACCACUGAAAGAUGGACUCAGCCCACCGAGGAGGAAAUCUCUUAGAAAAUGGACACCUCCCCGCUCUCCCUUCAACCUCAUACAGGAAACCCUUUUCCACGACACCUGGAAGCUUCUGGUGGCCACUAUUUUCCUGAAUAAGACAAGCGGCAGGAUGGCCAUUCCAGUGCUUUGGCAGUUCUUUGAACGUUAUCCGUCCGCAGAGGCGACCCAGGAGGCUGAUUGGAAGCCCAUGUCUGAACUCAUGAAGCCACUUGGGCUGUAUGAGCUUCGAGCCAAAACAAUCAUUCGCUUCUCAGAUGAGUAUCUAAACAAACAGUGGCGUUACCCCAUCGAGUUGUACGGUAUUGGCAAGUAUGGGAACGAUUCUUACAGGAUCUUCUGUGUUGAAGAGUGGAGACAGGUGACGCCUGAAGAUCACAAGUUAAACAAAUAUCACGCUUGGCUGUUGGAGAACCACGAAACGUUGGGUAUCUGAAGAAUGAGCGACCUCGAGGAAGAUUUCAUCUUCAAGCAAGAAAAUCUGCUGUGUUACAUAAACACAGACAUUAUCCAACCAAACAGCAGAUCAGUAUAAUGAACUCGCAAUUUUAAAUCUGAAUUACUUAAAGAUUAUGCAGUAUUGUUGCAAAGGUUUGCACUGUUAAAGGUUUUAUGUCUUCGUCAAUAAAAGUUUUAAUUAUUUUAA